AUGACUCAGACCAGCUCAUGCUUGAUGCUGAUCACAUGCCUGAUGUUCCUGUCUCUGAGCCAAGGUCAGGAUUAUGAGGAACACCACCCCAUUCACCAUAUCAGCUGCCCAGAAGGCACCCAUUCAUAUGGCUCCCACUGCUACUACUUUUAUGAAGACCGUUUGACCUGGAUUGAAGCAGAUCUCUUCUGUCAGAACACACAUGCAGGCCACCUGGUAUCUGUGCUCACCCAGUCCGAGGGCAACUUCGUGGCCUCAAUGAUUAAGGAGAGUGGUACUACAGACUCCAGUGUGUGGAUUGGCCUCCAUGACCCCAAAAAGAUCCACCUUUGGCACUGGAGCAGUGGGUCCCUGUAUACCUACAAAGCCUGGGCCCCUGGAUCCCCAAACAUUGCUAACCGUGGCUACUGUGUAAGCGUGACUGCAAAAUCAGGAUUCAAGCUAUGGAAGGAUACCAAUUGUGAGGCUCAUAUGUCCUUUGUUUGCAAGUUUAACAGCUAA